AGAACGAAAAUAAGAAAGGCGUCUUUGCGGUGGAGAAAACCGAGAAAGAGUGGCCUAAAAGAGAAAAAGUGGAGAAGAAAUGAGCGCGGGUUCAACGAUUUCGAAGAAAAUAAAGGAAGAAGCAGUUGAAGAAGAAGAAACAGCCAAUGGAGAAGACGAUAACUCCAUAGCUGAGCAAGAAGAAGCAUUGGUGGCUUUGAUCGAGCAUCGCACCAAAGAAGUCGAACACCUUGGUCAACGUAUCUCCUAUUACAAAUCUCAGCUUGAUCAAGCAGAGAAGAGGCUGCAAGAUUCACAAUCUAAAUUGGCUCGCCUUCGAGGACGACAUAAUACAGCAUUUUCUAAUGCUUCUCUGGCAACUAAAAGUGUGAAGGUGGAGCAGAGAUCAAUAAGUCCCGAACGUAUAAAUGGGGGUUCUAAAACAAAGCAGCAACCAAGAACUGAACUUGUAAUCCCUUCUGUCAAUCCGAAGAUUUCACAACCCAUAAAACCGGCAGGUUCAAGUGCAAAGACUACGAUUGGUCUUGAAGCAAAUGCUGCCUCUAGUAGAGCUGUAAAAGUAAAAGCUGAGACAUCUCAUAGAAAUUCUUCUAAUGCCGAGGUUGUUGAGAAGAAAGAUAGAGGGGCUAAAAGGAAGUUUGAACAAAGAGAGCACAAAGAGUUGAUUCCCUUCGUACGAAGCAGCUCUACGCCGACCACAAUUGGCUCCUACUCAAGCAAUCACAUAUCUAGUCAGCACAAAAGAAAGCUGAGAAGUCUUUCUGUGUGUCCAGUGAAUGACCAGCUCUUCGUGACCAGUGCUUUGGAUGGAUUAGUCAAUUUGUGGCAAAUACAGGCUAGAGGGUCAUCGGCCUCUUUUCUUAGUAGCACAGACUGUGGAUCCUCAGGGGAGAGAAGGUGGCCAGAAGAUAUUGCUUGGCAUCCAUAUGGAAACAGCCUUUUUUGUGUAUACACUGCGGAUGCUGGGGAUUCUCAGAUAUCAAUACUAAAUCUGAACAAAACACAAGGGAGAGGCCGUCUAAGUUACUUAGAGGAUAAGCCUCAUGUUAAAGGUAUCAUCAACAGCAUAAUAUUCAUGCCCUGGGAAAAAAUCUGUUUUGUCACUGGGGGUAGUGAUCAUGCAGUGGUGCUUUGGAAUGAGAAAGAUGAGGAUAUAUGGAAGCCAAAAUCCUUACAUCGGAAUCUGCAUUCUUCUGCUGUCAUGGGAGUUGCAGGGAUGCAGCAAAAAAAUGUUAUAUUGUCAGCUGGGGCGGACAAAAGAAUUAUUGGGUUCGAUGUGCAUGUUGGAAGAGCAGACUACAAGCACCAAAUAGAAAGUAAAUGCAUGAGUGUUCUACCAAACCCUUGUGACUUCAACCUAUUCAUGGUUCAAACUGGGGCCCACGAGAGGCAGCUUCGGCUCUAUGAUAUUAGAUUGAGGCAUACCGAACUGCAUUCUUUUGGGUGGAAACAAGAAAGUAGUGACUCACAAUCAGCUUUGAUAAAUCAAGCUUGGUCUCCUGAUGGUUUAUACCUCUCAUCUGGUUCAGCAGACCCUGUUAUCCACAUAUUUGAUAUUAGGUAUAAUGCCCGGAGGCCAUCCCAGUCGAUAAGAGCUCAUCAGAAACGAGUUUUUAAAGCUGUAUGGCAUUACUCUUUACCACUUCUCAUUUCCAUAUCUUCUGAUCUACAAAUUGGACUGCACAAGAGGUAGAUGUUCCGUCUUCAUAGCUCUUGGUGUUUCAUUCCCAUGAGUAAACAGCUUCUUCCUUUCAGCUCAUUUUGAUCCGAUUCUUGAUCCUCAUUUUGCCUUGGAUACGAAAUCUUGCAACUUGUUCUGAAAGAGGAAUUUGUCAGUGAGCAGUUUUUGAUUAUCAAGGAAAACCUAGCCGGUACUAAACUGAACCCACAUAUUGCCAUGUUUUCAUUACAUCAAAAGAUUUUUUUUAAAUGUAUUUUAUAUCAUUAAUUCAUGGUUCCCAUUUUGUUGGGUGUCAAUUCGCUCUGCAUCGCGUUGUAUGCAUGCCUUUAAGCCUUGGUAGACAGCUCUUUUUAACUUUUAUAUGCUGGAGACUCGUAGGAAAGCGAAAGCAACUUUGUCACUUGGAUGACUUGGAUGUAAGUGUGAGAUAUAGAUGUGUUCGAUACAGGUAGUUCAAUUUUUCUAAGGGUUUUUUUU